CUUCUCCCUCCUUCAGGUGAGUGAGAAAUGGGUGACUGGAGUUUCCUGGGGAAAAUCUUGGAGGAGGUGAAUGAGCACUCUACAGUCAUCGGCAGAGUCUGGCUCACCGUGCUUUUCAUCUUCCGGAUCCUUAUCCUUGGCACUGCCGCAGAGUUCGUGUGGGGGGAUGAGCAGUCCGACUUCGUGUGCAACACCCAGCAGCCGGGCUGCGAGAACGUCUGCUACGAUGAGGCCUUCCCCAUCUCGCACAUCCGCCUGUGGGUGCUGCAGAUCAUCUUCGUCUCCACGCCGUCCCUGGUGUACGUGGGUCACGCGGUGCACUACGUCCGCAUGGAGGAGAAGCGGAAGGAGCGCGAAGCAGAGGAGCUGGGCCAGCAGCUCCCCGAUAACGGCGAGAUGGCGCCGCCCCCCGCAGACCAGGGCAGCAUCAAGAAGAGCGGCAACAGCAGCAAAGGCACCAAGAAGUUCCGGCUGGAGGGGACCCUGCUGGGGACCUACAUCUGCCACAUCAUCUUCAAGACCCUCUUUGAGGUGGGCUUCGUAGUGGGCCACUACUUCCUGUACGGUUUCCGGAUCCUGCCCCUCUAUCGCUGCAGCCGGUGGCCGUGCCCCAACGUGGUGGACUGCUUCGUGUCACGGCCCACGGAGAAAACCAUCUUCAUUCUGUUUAUGUUGUGUGUGGCCUCUGUGUCCCUCUUCCUCAAUAUUCUGGAGAUAAGUCACCUGGCCUUGAAGAAAAUCCGAUCUGCUUUCAAGAGUCCUGCAGAGGAGCCACUGGGGGAGGUUCCUGAGAAAUCCCUCCACUCCAUUGGUGUCUCCUCCAUCCAGAAAGCCAAGGGCUACCAGCUCCUCGAAGAAGAGAAAAUCGUGUCCCACUAUUUCCCUUUGGCUGAGGUUGGGAUGGUGGAGACCAGCCCACUUUCUGCCACGCCUUUCAGUCAGUUUGAGGAGAAGAUGGGCACAGGGCCCCUAGGGGACCUGUCCCGGGCUUACCAAGAGACACUGCCUUCCUAUGCUCAGGUGGGAGCACAUGAGGGAGAGGGGGAGGAGCAGCCUGUGGAGGAGGGAGCAGAACCAGAGGUGGGAGAGAAGAGGCAGGAAGCAGAGAGAGUGAGCACAGAGGGGCAGGAGACCGAAGCAGUGCUGGAGGGGGAGAAAGUGAAGCCCCCUGAAGUGGGGAAGGAGGCUGAGAAAGAAGAGCUGCAGGCUGAGAAAGUAUCAGAGCAGGGGCUGCCGGCUGAGAAGCUGCCUUCACUGUGUCCAGAGCUGAGCGGGGAUGACAGCAGACCCCUGAGCAGGCUGAGCAAAGCCAGCAGCCGGGCCAGGUCAGAUGAUCUAACCGUAUGAAGUGGUGCCAAAGAAAGAAAGAAAACACCCGCGCUAACAUAGCGCAAGAUGAAACAUAAAGAUGCCAACAUGAUUUGAGU